ACUACUCAAAAGGUACGAGAAGGUAGCAGAGAUAUUUUAUGUGUAUGUCAAAGACAUAUAUUUGCCCUUUGGGCUCUGCUAAGGACCAAAGUUCUCUAAUGUAUGCAUCAAAAAGCAACCAAAUGCCUGAUUCAGAAAAGAAACAAAUAAAUAAAUGAGAUUCCCAUGUGGGUCAGACCAUACAGAUCAACGUUCAUGUGGCCACACAUUUCAAUGCUUUUCAAUAAUUCAUCUGGAAUGAUUGCAUUUCAAUCAUCAGUUGUGGCUGCACUGCAUAUAUACAAUUUACUAACCUUUUGAUGAAAAAUUUCACUCUUUUCAUCAACCAUGUGGAGUAGCCUUCCUUUUGAUCUCCUUGCCAACAUCUUCUCCUUCCUAUCCCCAGACUCUUUGGCAAGAGCUAGAUCAGCUUGCAAGCAUUGGCACAAGUGCGUAGAUACUUGCCCUUUGAACACCGAGUCAAUUCUAUCGCAGUAUCAUCCUUCAUGGUUCAUCGCCUUGCCCUUGCGGGCACACAAGCUAUGUUUUGCUCAUAAUCCAAUUCUUGAUAAUUGGCAUAAGCUCUCACUUGAGUUCCUUCCUGAUUUAGUUAAACCAAUUGCCCCUGUUGGUAGUCUUCUGCUUUUAAGAUCCAUAAGUUCUGUUCUACAAUUGAUCAUAUGCAAUCCAUUCACAAGCCAAUUUCGGUAUCUUCCGAGGCCAAACAUCAUUAGGACUAAUCCAGCAGUGGGAGUUGUGAUGCAAAACACAGGCCAAGACUCUCAGUUUCCAGACUUCAAUGUCUAUGUAGCAGGAGGGAUGUCAGCGGCACCACAAGGUGGCACCAUAUAUGAAUCCAAGUUGGAAAUGUACGACUCUAGAAACGACUCAUGGAAAAUUGUAGGAUCACUGCCAGUGGAAUUUGCUGUGAGAUUAACCGUCUGGACUCAUAAUGAGAGUGUGUAUUCUAAAGGAGUUCUGUAUUGGAUAACCUCUGCAAGGGCAUUCAGUGUGAUGGGCUUUGAGAUUGACUCAAACAAUUGCAGGGAAUUGCAGGUGCCAAUGGCUGAUCGACUUGAAUUUGCUACACUUACAUCUCGAAAUGGAAGGCUCGCAUUAGUUGGCGGCAUAUGUGGGGAAGAAGCCUGUGUUUGGGAGUAUGGAGAUGGAGAUAUGUGGGUAUUGGUUGAGAAGGUGCCAAAUGAGUUGGGGAUAAAACUUGUAGGAGGAAGUCAUGGAAGCUGGAUAAACACCAAGUGUGUAGGCAACAAUGAGGUUAUGUGCUUGUAUAAGGAGCUAGGAAAUGGAAUGGUAAUCUGGAGAGAAAGAAAAGAGAAGAAUAAAUGGGAAUGGGUUUGGAUUGAUGGAUGUUCUCAAAUUAGAAGCAAAAGAGUACAUAACUUGCCAAUAAAAGGACUGCUUCUUCAACCAAGCCUUGCUCCUUUUGCAUUUAACUCAAGUUACACACUUUGAUAUAGCGAAUUCUUCAAUCCUAAAAAUAAGAGUAGCAUAACCAUUUUCUUUAUUUUGUAUACAACGGAACUUACUAUUUUGCAGUGCCCAUUGAUCUCUGAAUGUCUA